AUGUCGCUGAGCGCGCCUGCUCAGGCGGUGCGCAGUACCAGGACCAAUAGCCUCGACCAACUCGAUUUUCAAGAGCGCAGGCAGCUGAUUGCUAGCUCAUUGUCACUUACAGACUUCCUUCAUGUCGGGGCUAAAGAAGUGGCUGCUGUUGCCGCCAAAAAACAAAAUGGUUCAGCAGUACGUACCAACAGCCUGGGCUCUGGCGCGCGCACCCCGCCCGCUGAGCGAACCAAAUCAAAAUUUUCUGCGUUUGGUAGACUUUUCAAACCAUGGAAAUGGAAACGGAAAAAGAAAUCUGAAAAAUUUGAAGCAGCUUCUAGAUCUUUAGAAAGGAAGAUAUCCGUCCGAGCGAAUAGAGAUGAGUUAGUUCAAAAAGGAAUUCUUCUGCCAGAGAGUCCAGUGACGCCCGUACCCGAAGACAAUGAGGAGGAGUCACCGACGUAUGGGGAGGAGACGCGCAACGAGCGGGAGACACACACGGGGAAUAUGAACGAGCGUAGCGGAGCGCACGCUGCUCUGCAGGCGCAGCUGGCGUCGCAGCUGGCACAGCAGCAGCAUGCGCUGGCCGCCGCCGUGGCCGCCGCCGCCGCCGCCGCUGCGCACCAUCACCAUCAGAACAACAAUGUUAUCGAUUUUGUGUCGGGCUAUUACGGGGGUGCCGCAGGCGGGGGUAGUGCAGGGGGUGCGGGCGGCGGUCUGGCCGCCGGCGCGCGCCUCAGUGCUGGCCCGCCCGCGCCCGCGCCCGCCUGCGCUCCUAGUCCGCAGACU